AUGGCUGCCAAAAGAAAGGAGAAGAUUGAGAAUGACACAAGAACAUUGAUCAAGCUUAUUACAGGAUUUCAGGUGAAUAAUAGUUAGUUAAUGUAAACCAUAAUAAAGACAUCAAAUAUUUGUAGUUACACAGCUUUAUGAAAACUGCUGUUAACAUGAUUUAUUAAUUUGAAUUGAUAACUCAAGUAGCAUUGUUACUCGAGGGUCAGCAAACCAUGGUCUGUCGAUCAAACUUGGCAUAUGGAUCCAUUUUUGCCUGUGGAUCAAACCUGGCAUGUGAAUCCAGCCUUGCCUAUGGAUCAAACCUGGCCUGUAGAUCAAACCUGGUCUGUGGAUCAAACCUGGCCUGUGGAUCAAACCUGGUCCGUGGAUCAAACCUUGCAUGUGGAUCAAACCUUGCCUGUGGAUCAAACCUGGCUUAUGGAUCAAACCUGGCCUGGGUAUACUGCAACUGUAUAUGGGACUUCUUUAGCUUUAAAUUCAUGGGAAAUGGGAUGGGCCUCUUCUGUUUCCUAACAUAGUUUUGAUUUGGUAGCCUUUCCCGGUCCCAAUCGACAUACCAAAAAUUGACCACCCCAUUAAGCGCCAUGUCUUCUUUAAUUAAAAUUCCAACACCUGUUCAUGGCAAAGUUUUAUUUUUACUUGAACUUAUAUAUGUCUAGUUUUAAAGGUGUCAAAAUAUAUAAUUCUAUGAUACCACAAAGUGAGGUAUGUAAGUUACCAAAUUGACACCCCAUCCCUUUAUAUUAUCAUGCAUACAUCAUUCUAAAACCAACAUUUGACACAUGAAAUAUUGGAAUAUCAUAUUUUCUUAUAUUUUUUAGGAAGGACAUUAUCCUGCUAAUAUCAAAAAUAUCAUUUUCUCAGGAAAAGAGUGAAAACUUUCACCUUUGUUUGACUUUUGCCGAAUCAAACUUCAAGUACCACAGAUUUCUCACACCCGACAGUCACAAGAUCCACAGAAUUAUUAAUGGGUAAGCCAGUGGUUAGGAUUGAGAUGAGUAUUGUUUUGUCUGAUGGUUGAAUCAUUCUCUGAUCUUACGCAUCGUAACUGAAGGACUUGGUUUUAUAUUCCACCCGACUAAUAUUUAUUUGUGUUAAAUGUCAAACCCUUUUUAUCAUGACUAUAGUUAAAAACACUUUUGCUUUUAAGAAGCUUUCUGUGGAUGAUUGAGGUAUGAUCCCGCUAAUUAAUAUUUUAAAUUCACGGAGCACACGAAAGGGAUAGUUAAUUAACAGUAUUAACAGAAUUUUGUUUAAAGUCCAUUAUUUUUCUUAACUUUUUAGACUUUGUGAAAAAUUUGAAGUUCACUCACAGAAACAGAAGGCAACUGAUUUACAGGAGCUGACCUCUGCUUUCUUGGAACAGCCAGGUCUUGAUGGUAGAGAAACUGGCAAGGUAAUUGAUUCUUAUUGUUGUAUAUGUUGUAAAAUGCGACCAAUAAUAAUUUAUUAUGAUUUUUGGUAUUCCUAUAAAUUGUGUUCUUCUACCUCUGGAUCACAUGACUCCAACAAUAAAACAGGCUGUAAAAUUUAAUCAAUUAAAUUUAUUAUUUAUUUCCCUUGAAUUACAACUCUUAUAAUUUGGUAUUUAUAUAUAGAAUUAAAAAUCAACCUUUUUUUUUUUCAAUAAACAAAUAAUAUCAGUUUAAAUAUAAUGCGAAAAUGCAACACAUAAUCAGAAAAGUAUCUGGUAUCCUUCUAUUUUACUGCUCAUUAAUUAUCAUAUAAAAUAUUUGUCUUUUUAAUUCAUAUUAAUCAAUAUUCAAUACACAAACAUUUUCUGAUAAAAAUAUAGUUCUCAUCGCCAUAACAGUGAAUAUUUGUUUUAUAGAUAAAUGAAAUUCGUUGGCAUUAAGACGUUAUAAGUUAUAGAUUGAUGAGAUUUGAGGAGAAAAAAAAGAAAAGCUAUCCCCUGAUUUCCAGAGUAUCAAUUGGAGAAAAUUUUUCUUUCUUUAGACCGAUGUCCAUUACGCCUUACUAUCGCUGCUGUUAGAAUUGGCCUGUUCUCCUAUUAAGACAGAGUUUGAACGGAAACAAAAACAUGUUGUGCCAGGUGAGUGAAAGGAACAUUCAGGGGGGGGGGUUGUUAUCACUGAACAUUUCAGGGUCUUGUUACCUGUGAACAUUUAACAACUUUCAGGUUAUCAUUUCAUUUCCAAUAUCAUAAAUAUUAAUUUUUUUUUUAUAAUAAUUCCUUUUAAAUUGUUUUUUUUUCUAUUUUAUUUUACCACUUUAUAUUAUGUCAAUAAUUUAAAAAAAGAAUUAAAACAAAUUUGUAUGUUAUUUUAUGAUAAAAAGUGUCAUUUAGAUAAUUUACCGUUUUUAUCUCUACAGAGGAAGCUGACAACUUUGACUGGAAGAGUUACUUGUUAAAUGACUUAAAUCUGAACUUUAUAUCUUAUGCUGUAAGUGUCGUCUCUGUUUUGGCCUUAUAAAUGUGCCAGGUUGAGUAAAAAAAAAAACAAGAAAUGUAGUUGCCAGGAAAUGUUGCCAACUCAAAACAUUAGGUUACUGUAUUCAAUAUCUUCAAGAUUUUUAGUUUUCAUUAGUUUCAAGGGUGACUUUAAAAAAGGGCUUGUUUUUAUAGGUUGGGAUGUUAUUUAAAGUUUUUAAUUUUCUGGAUGAUUUUUUUUAGGAAUCAAUAUAAAUUGGUAGGUACAAAAUUCAUUAGACUAUUUUAAUGUCUAGAAAUAUAAAAUAUUCUUUGCGUCAUGUCACAUGACAGAGCUUGCCUACUCAAUGUUAAAAGUAAGUCACCCAAUGGUCAUCUAAAAGCUUACUACUUUAAAACUAAUAUGAUCUGUUGAACUUUCUUUAGUCAAGUAGCAGUGAUGAAGAUGAGGUCAGCGAAGCCUCAUCAUCUGAUGAGGAACAACAACUUGAUAAAGCUGACAUACACAGGUAAUUUGAGACCUAUAUGUUGUACUUAGGAGUAAUGAGAAACUUGUAACAGAGAAGUACAUUUAGUCUGUCUAGUUUUGUAGCGAGGCGCACCUGGACUUUGAUUCCAGCUAAAUGGGGGGGGGGGGGGGGGCUUUACAGGCUCACAGCCUCUCCCUCAUCGGUUCAACUUUGCCUCCUCAGCCCCAUGGACAGGUCAGGCUCUAAUCAACUGUCAUUGGUAUCAUGAUGACCUGGGUAGUCUAAAUUGAGUCAGUCCCAAGCUAGUUGAUUUGGGUUCAAUUCCCAGCAGAAUCAAAAACUUCACCAUCGUCCAGGGUGGAUGGGAAUUGUUAACCUUGGACAGCAACUCAUCUAAGAGAAGAUUAAUCAGACACAAACAGUUUGUGUGAAUAAAAGUUCAGCUUUAACAAGAUCAUACAGAAUACAAAUGUAGGCAAAUGCUUUCAUCAGUAAAAAAAACCUUCAUUUACGUAUAAAUUAAAUUUACAUAUAUAUAUAUACACAUGGACCCUACCUAAAAAAGGAAAGAAAAGAAUAAGAGUUGGCGUAAGACACUGAAAAGAACAAAGGUCAGAGGAACGGAAAGGAAGUGGGUGGUAUAAAAUUUUAAAACCAAACAGGAGAAAGGCACACAAGCUAUGCCAAAUUGUGAAUCUGGUUUUUAUCAUAUGGAGCCAACGUACCAAAUCUUUUAAAUAUUUUUUUUUCCAUACAAUUUCUAUCGGAUGUAACACAUGGUGUAACACACGGCAUAACACAUGGUAUAAAACACGAUGUAACACACAAUGUAACACACAGUGUAAAACAUGGUGUAACACACAGUGUAAAACAUGGUGUAACACGAUGUAACACACCAUGUAACACAUGGUGUAACACACGAUGUUACACACAGUGUAACAUGAUGUAACACAUGGUGUAACACACAGUGUAACACACGAUGUAACACAUGCUGUAACACACGGUGUAACACGAUGUAACACACGAUGUAACACAUGGUGUAACACACGAUGUAACACAUGAUGUAACACACGGUGUAACACAUGAUGUAACACACGAUGUAACACACGGUGUGUAGUGAGGGACAUAGAACUUUAUUUAUGCCUGAAACCAAAAGGGAUAUCAUUACUAUCAUGGGCGCAGACAGGGCCCCCCCCCGUGGGCUGUCUUGAGAAUAUGCCAGAGCACUAUGGAGCCCCAGUGAGGCUCUUUCACUGCUCUCAACUUGCUCAACAUGGUCUGUAGUUUGCGUUAGUCAAAAGAAUAUAAAAGUCUUAAUUAUUAAAUAAAUUCCUCAUUUUUCUUUGAGGUACAAAUAAUUUAAUUGUGCUUACAAAAAAAUUGACAAACUUCAUCUUGUAAAUGAUUUAUAAAAAAUUUUGUAUGUGCAUGAAAUAAAAGCAGCAAGUUUUUUAUUUUUUUAUUGCAUUUAAAUUUAGUUGUAAUUCCUUCCAGUAGGCAGCAGUCUCUCUCAACCCAUGGUUCAGACCACCAGGCGCCCUCACAGGUCUUACCCUCUAGCGAGGCGAAAUUAUAUGACAACCCGCUCACCGGAGACGAGUGCACAAAGCUGGAGCAAGUCCUGGUGGUGGAAUAUUGGAAGGGAAAAGGGA